ACUACGUGCCGUCUUAUUCUCCUCUGUAUUAGACGUUCCGUCGUUUGCUACUAUGAGCUUUUCCAUGUUAUAACUACCUGCCGGUUCCAAACUCGAGUGGGAUCGUCUUCUAUUUCAUCGGCGAGACAAAACCAGAUCGGGAUUCUCUCUCUUAUACCCAACGCAAGACAUGAAUCUAGGCUUCGUAAUUGGAGUAAUCGGCGUCCUGAUUCUCUCCCACGCCGCUUAUUCAACAAUCCAAUAUAGAGGAUUGUUGAAGAUCACGGAGGAAGAGUUCACCGGACCUCCCUUGAAUGUUGUUCUGGAGUUGAUCGUGGGACUAGCUCUUUGUAUGUGGGCUGCUUUGACUUUCCCUGGGAAGUUCCUCUCCAUUCACCCUGACUCUGAUGAAAACAGGGCGGUUUCUUUACCAGAUAACUCUGAUUUCAUGAUAUUCAAUCACCGUGGCCGCCUCUUCCCACCAGAGAUCACCAUGAAGUUUUGAUUUUUCCUCCUUUUUUUUUUUUAUAUCGGACUUCUUAGUCAAACACUCAUCUGUCCACUGUAAUGAGAUGUUGUUUCCAUUGAUAUUCUAAGUGAUUUCCAUCGA